AUGAUAUUGAAUCAUAGCAAAAGUAGAUCAAAGAUAAGAGCUGAUAAGGUUUAUAAACAUCCGUAAGUUAGGUUAAAUAUGCGUUUAUUUUAAGGUGUUCGGUAGAGGAUUGAGGUGAAAAUUUCAGCAUGUUGAAAGUAGUCAUAUUAUUAGCUUGUCUAGCAAAAACAUAUUCAAAUACCGUUCCACCACUUAUUCUAGAACAACCACCUCAGGAAGUUGCUUUCAAAACAGAUGAGCGUAUAGAACUGAGGUGUAUAGCCUCAGGGUCUCCCCAACCACAGUACAAGUGGCUAUUGGACGAUAACUAUUUUGAUGCUAGUGGUAUUGAUGGGCGUAUUACCCAACAACCAGGUUCUGGAACUCUGAUCUUCAAUACGCCCAUUGAGAAAGAUGAGGGCACAUACCAAUGUAUCGCAGAGAAUCAAUAUGGGAAAUCUCUAAGUCAGAAAAUAGUUUUUAGAGUUGCAGUACUAGAAAGGUUUCCCCAGCGGGAUAACCCAAUAGUAUACAGGCCAUAUGUUGGAAGCCCCCUGACAUUAAACUGUGUUCCCCCACGCAGUUAUCCAUCCUCGGAGGUAUCCUGGUCCAUAGUAGAGCCAGGAGACAGGCUUGAACCGCUCAAUACCACAUCAAGAAUAACAAUGGAUCAUUCAGGAAGGCUACACUUUGCCAAUGUUCUUCAAAAGGAUCGUCGGGAUGGAAACAAAUAUGUCUGUACUGUGCACAAUAAAUUCAUCGAAGCUUUUGUUCAUGGAGAAGAUGCCAUCAUUGAGCCAAUGGGGGAUACGAUUCAAUCACGAAGUGCAAGUCUUCGUUGGGCUUCUCCAACAGCUCAAGUGGCUCUCUUGGGGACAACCCAUAGAGCGAAAUGUAUCUUUUCUGGGAUGCCUACCCCAAACACUACGUGGGAUCGUCUGGAAGGCAAAGUAAUGCCCCCAAGAUCCAGAUUGGACAGUUUUGGUCAAGAACUUGUCUUAGAAAAUGUACAAUAUGAUGAUGCUGGGCAGUAUGAGUGUUCUGGGGAAAAUACUGAUAUUCCAUUCAGAAAAUCUUUCGAAUUGGUUGUGGAAGCUAAACCAUAUUGGCGUAGUCCAGACACCAGACCUAAGAAUAUCCAAGCUAUUGAGGGAGGACAUGCCACAUAUGUGUGUAUAGCUGAUGGUAUACCCACUCCACAGAUAUUCUGGUUCAUCAAUGGUAGACCUGUGUCGCAAUUGGAACCUGACCCCAAUAGACUUGUUAAUGGAGGUAACAUGACUUUCAUUAACUUGAAGAAGGAUGACACACAAAAUAUCCAGUGUAAUACUACUAACAAGCAUGGCUAUUUGUGGGCAGAUUCAUACCUAAAUGUUCUGGCCAUGCACUUAACAUAGGCAUGCACUUAAGGGCAUAGGCAUACACAUGAACAUGCACUUAUAACAUUUGAACAAUGACCCGAAUUCACAAUAAAUAACGCCAUUCGUGCAUUGAUGAUUAUGUGUGAUGUAAUAUGGAAUCUAUUAUUAAAGCUUGACCCUUUAAUGAAUCGCAAUAUUUGGACAUAUACUUUUACAUCUUCAUCCAACUUACAAGAUCAUUAAUGCUAUAUUACAUGUAUUUAGUUAACAGAAGUACACAAUGUUUUUUUCUGCAAAAAUGCACUUCCCGCUAAGCCGGUUGAUCUUCAUAUCCACUAUCAAAUUUAACGCAUCUAUAUUUUAAACCAACUGUAAUGAACCUCGAAAACAAGUUCCAACUAUAGUCUCAGCUGUAUUGGCUAGGUCUUUAUGGGUCAGGGCUUCAGCUUUGGAGUUUGGAGCAGACGAUGCCCAGUUAGAUUCCUGCACGAGACAUCAACUUUACCACACUGAUUGAAUAUUUAUUCCACUAUGUUUCUGUUUAAGAGUUAUGUUUUUAACCAUGCUUUGACUUUAGAAUUUCAAAUAGUAUAUAUCAUGUUAAUUUAUAUAAAUGUUACUUCGUAAUAAUUUCAUUUUGUGACGGUAUGCUAUAUGAUUACAAAACAAAUUGUAUUAAAAUAAUCGACCAGGGUGUAUCAUUUCAUUGCAUAUAACUAGAUGUUCCAUUCAAGGUCAAUUAUUAACGUUUUCGAAACAUCAUAAUUUCUCAUAUUACAUCAUAGAUUACUUUUAUAUUUGUCAGAAAAGUCCGUGUAGAAGGAACCUUGCCUGUUAAUUAUGACAUCAUUUUCUACGUUAAGAUUUUGAAAAUGGGCAAUUUAAAUGACUGAAAAAUCUUUCUGACAUUUUUAUAACAUUUCUAUUUCUUUAUGUUUGUUAUAUGGUGUUUGUAACAUAUACAUCAGCUGUAUAGUUUAUACAAUACGUAAUAUACAUUUAUUUCAUACAUACAGUAGCUAAUUAGAUAAAA